CAUGCGCACAUUGACAGACGGCACUGCAGAAGCAGUGAAAUCAUAAGCGUAUCGAUUUUUAUUAUUGUAGUGUCUGUUUCCUUAGUUUUAGUGUCAUUUCAUGGAAAUAUUUGUGAAUGGGAUGCUUAUAUAGAGCAAGACGAACCCUCACUGUGUGAAUUGGACAGUUAGAAGAUGACGAAGGAUAGGUUAGCAGCCCUGAAAGCGGCACAAAGUGACGAUGAUGAUGUUGGCCCUGAUGAUGUCACUGUCACGGUGGAGGGAGGAUUCAUGGACGAAUUCUUCGCUGAGGUGGAGGAAAUCCGGGAGAUGAUAGAUAAAAUACAAGCCAAUGUGGAAGAGGUGAAGAAAAAACACAGUGCCAUCCUUUCAGCUCCACAGACUGAUGAAAAGGUCAAACAGGAGUUGGAGGAUUUAAUGGCUGAUAUUAAAAAAACUGCCAACAAAGUCCGUGCCAAAUUAAAGGUCAUAGAACAAGCCGUAGAACAAGAGGAACAAUCAAAUAAAUCCUCGGCUGAUCUGAGGAUACGGAAAACACAACAUUCUACGUUGUCACGGAAAUUUGUUGAGGUGAUGACCGAGUAUAAUCGGACACAGACCGAUUAUAGGGAGCGAUGUAAGGGGCGGAUACAGAGGCAACUUGAGAUUACUGGUAGAACGACAACCAAUGAAGAAUUAGAAGAAAUGCUAGAGCAAGGUAACCCAGCAGUAUUCACGCAAGGGAUAAUAAUGGAAACGCAACAAGCGAGACAGACGCUAGCAGAUAUCGAAGCAAGACAUGCUGAUAUAAUUAAAUUAGAAAAUUCCAUUCGGGAAUUACACGACAUGUUCAUGGAUAUGGCAAUGCUAGUAGAAAACCAGGGGGAAAUGAUAGAUCGUAUCGAGUAUCACGUAGAACAUGCAGUGGACUAUGUCCAGACCGCCACACAAGAUACCAAGAAGGCACUCAAGUAUCAGAGUAAAGCUAGGCGGAAGAAAAUCAUGAUCAUGAUCUGCGUCGCCAUUCUUGGAGUUAUCUUGGCUUCAACAAUUGGAGGAUACUUCACAAUGUGAAGUGAUCCAUGUUCAUCGAAACUCAUUGGUGAUAGCACCAGUCAGUCCGAGCAAAAACAAAUCAGUAUCAGCAUGCAAUGCCUCCUACUGGCAACACAGGCGUUUGUUGCAGUAGCAGAGUUCACGUAUUGUUUACAAACAUUAUUUCUUUGUCUAAGUUGUUACGAAGAACAAAUUAUUGGCGUAUAAUUCCAAUAUAAAUACAGUUUUAAUUUUCUUUUUAGAUAAAAUAAGACUAAGCUAAAUGAAUGCAAGCAUAUUCCUACCUAUAACAUUAGCUUGUUGCCACAGGGUGGGUAGUAUUAUUAAAUUCAGAAGUGUAUAACCUAACCUAGGACCAGCAAAAUUGACAAGUUUAGUAAUUCAUACAAAGGUGCUUCUUGAAGUCAGGGAUGUUUUGUUAUCACAAGUCCAUUGUGAAACUAGAAGGAUGUCUUUUCCUGAUGGGAGAAUGUUAUCCUUCAUUAUUAAUUGUAAAUAAUGGAGGUGUUAAGUAGUGGUAGCUAACAGAUUCUAGCUUUGUGUCAUAGGUAGAUGAUGCACAGUUUAUUAGCUUGCAUAGCUUUCUCCUAUUUUAUCGCUUUUGCCAGAAAGGCAACUACUUAAUCUUGAUGCUCAAAACAUCUUGGCAUGUGUGGAUAAUGUGAACAAAACAAGUCUCCCAUUACAAGUACUCAUUCUGCUGUAUAUCUGCAGUCCCAUGGACAUUCCUUGCUCGUGGUUUUGAACGUCUGCAUAGGCAGUGUGCGUUGAUAUCGCCUGGAAGUGGAAUUGGCUUUUAAGGACUGCGAUCUCUGAAGAGUGUUGAUUGGCCACACAUGACGGAGGCAGUUAGCUUAUUAAUACAAAAAUUUUGAUCAGUUACUAGCUGAUUCAGUAAUAUGUUUAUUGUUCUUGGCAUUUGUAUCGAGUUGAAAAGAUAUAAAUGCAUUAUUUAUUUGUUAUCUAAAAAAUGGUAAGGAUGGGAUGAAUUCAGCUGACUUCAUGAGCCUGAAUGUAGACAUUUUGCGGUAGCAAUAAUAUAAGGUGUAUAGCAUUCAUUUUUUUCCCCACACGUGAUAUAUAGUUGCAGAUAAUUAUGUUUUUGUUAAAUUAAGAUUAUAUAGGAAAUUGUAAUACUUGUGAAUGUUAAAUAUAUAGAUAGGUUACUUAACGACUUGUACAGAACAGAUAUAUUAUUGUAGUUAUAUGGAUAAAACAUUGAAAAAUGUCAUAUUUCACACACUUUUUGAAGAAAAGAAUAUGUUAUUGCAGAUUUUUCUUGGCUUCUCUCUUUGUGUGUAAAAAUGUGUUCUUGAAUUGCCUCUUUGGCAGAUAUGAAAUAAUGUUAGUGUGUUAUAAACAAUAAUCUCAAACAAUUCAUUUCAUCAGAAGUGAACUCAUAGUGGAGACUGAGAGGUGGUACAUAGUUUUUGUAAAAAAAUAUAUAUAUUCAAAUCUUCAAAUUUCAAGUAAGUUUUGUAAUCAGAUAAUUACUACUGUGUAUUAUUGUAGUAGGAUGGUGGGGCAGCUAUGUUGUUGAGCACACACAUACAUAUAUGUACACACACACACACACACACAGAGACACACACACACUUAGAUUAGAUAAAGGGGAGAGAGAGAAAUCAAGUUAAAAAUAGGAAUUGACUUUUUUAAUUACUGUUACUAUAGCAUCAGACUUUAAAAGAAAGGAUAAGCACAAUCAACAUCUGUUGAAAGUCUCCUUGGCCUAAUGUUUACAAACUACUUGAAAUUUUCCAACGAUUUAUUUACAAGCCUAUACUGACGACUGUUGCGAUGAGUACCAUUGUGCUAGUGUUUGAUUUUUACCCUUUCAUGAAUGUAAAUCAGCAUUAUAAUUUAUGAUGAUGAGGUCCUGUAUGAGAAAUCUACAACAACAUGUAGCUCCGCUAAAGCUUCUGUGCCCCUUAGGGAUUUUGCAGGAAUAUGGUACUCUAGAAUUUUUUAUGUCGUAAUUCAAAAUUAUCUCUACUGUGAUAACUGAUAGUAGUGUAACGAUGCCAAGAAGUUUCUAUAUUUGUGAAUAUAAUUAUUUCAUUUCGUUCUUCUGUGUAUUGUUCUAUUGUUCGACAUCUAGGUAUAAGACGCAAUGACCCAGGAGCAUGGAAGUUUUGGUCAUUUGGUUUAAAUUGCCUCUAGAUACUGUCAUAAUGUCGUGUAAUCACAUAUAUGAUUAUGUAUACAUGUAAGUGUCAUUAUGAACAGGAAAUUCUACACGCAGAUCUUUCCAUUUGUAAAUACUAUGGUCAACUGGUGGAGAAGUUAUCUUUUCUGUAUUCUGCUGAGGCCACCUCCUUCCUUACUACUACUGAUGUAUUUGAAACAAUGAAAAGGUUAUGCAAGAAGUUGGGUUUUUUCCCCUGCUAUUUGUAUUUACACUUAAUUAUUAUUUGACUGAACGAUGUAGAAAAUUCUAGUUUGUUAUUUAGAACAAUCUGCCACCGCCGUGUGAGAAGAGUAAGACCAUAGAGUAGCACAUUGCAAUAUAGAGCAAAGAAAGAUAACUUCUCUUGCACUGUAUAUCAAUUCACUAAGCCUGAGUGGAUUUUUAUUUCAGCAUUUUUACCCCUGACUGUAGCAUAGAUAUGUGUGUCAUUGAGAGACUUCUUUCUUAAAACUAUGAUUCUUCUGUCUUCCGUGUGCAUUUGCUGAUACCAGAGCUUCAACUGUCACAUUGUAAUAGUGCAAAAACUGAUUUGUUUGUUUGUUUGUCAUAGUGUUUUUUUUUAUUUAAAAUAAGUAAGUUGUCACAGUUCAAGUACUGGUUAUGUAGAGUGCGUGUAAGCUGUGAAUGGAACAUUAAAUUUGCAAUAUAUAGCUUGUUUAACAUUCUGUUCCAUUGAACAUUCAGUAACUUUAUGAGAUAUAUGGUAUAGUACAGUACAGUGAAACAUAUUUGAAACAAGGUGCAGUAGAAUUUUUGUUCCUUGUUAUCAGAAGAAUCCUCACUGCAGUCGGAGUUCUGUUUAGUUUUUUUUUAAGUACGUGAAUGAGAGGUUGCUCGUCAUAAUGGAAAUUUUCAUGAAAAGUUUUCAUUUACUUAUAAUAAUUGUGUACUGUAGUUAAGUUCAUUAUAUCUGGCCUUUGCUGUGUUUCUUAAUCUGCCUUAUAGUUGCAUUUUAAGAUACAAGUGAUUCCAAUAUUUAAUUGCAGUUCAAAAUUAUGCAUCAACCAUACCACAUUGUGUCAAAAUUAUUUUAAUGCUCAUGUAUUGUCUCCAGGAAUGUUUGAUGUAGAAUAUGUUCAUAUAUUUUCUCAGUAGUACUGGUAGUAAGAGACUAGAAGGAAAUAUUUUUGUUCACUGGAAACAUAAAUACUCCAUCAUUAUGAAACUACAGCUUGAUUGUUUGAUCAGUUGGCUACCACAGAUAAUGAGGUUCCAUUUAUUUAUCAGAGAUUCUCAGUUACAUCAUCUCUAACUUUGACACCCAACUACAGUGUGUUCACUGAUAAACUGGAAGAAAGCCGUCACAAGAACAUUUUCAGCGCCUUUUAGGGAAAAAAGAAGAAGUAAGAUGAUGUCAUUGUUUUUGUGGAGUGAUAAUUCGGUCGUUUCGGGAAAAUUGUAUAAGUGUUUGGUGGUAAGUGAUGCAUUACAGUUUAUUAAUGGAUGCACUGUAUUGUAUAAUUAAAAAACAAGUUAAAACAUUGCAAUAUCAAAAUUUGGACAUUUGCAGUGGAGCGUAGUUAUAAAUAACCGAGGACCAGGGAUUACUUGACACUUGGUAAAUGGAUGACAAAUACUGGGGACUACUAGUACACAAACAGUGUAUGAGCUGGGACAGCUCAGUCAGUAUGUAAUGUCUGACUGUUGAUUGACAUCUGGGGUUUAAUCUUCAGCAGGGGUAAAGAGUUUUUAAUAUAGAAUCUGCAUCCAGACUGGUUCUGGGGCUCACCCGGCCUCCUGUCCAUUGGGUACCAAGGGUCCGUUUACCAGGGGUAAAGCCUAUCCAGGGCAUGAUGUCGACCACUCGCCCCAUAUAGUGCUGAGGUCAAAAAUGAGUAGGAGUUAAUACCUCCUCCCCCUAAGCAUCUAUAUAUCUCUUUUAUGUCUAGUAGGACAGAUUUACUUUACACAAACAGUUUCUGAGUACGCAGUACUUCCAGUUUGAAAUGCGGAAUGAAUAAGAGAGCUUUUUUAAAUUUUCUGGAGAUAAAAACAUUGUGUUGUCCAUCAUAAUGGAUUUUAAUUUGAUACAAUUUAUAGCACUGUUUGAUUGACCUACAUCUCAUAUCAAUCAUCAGUUGCCCAUGGGGUAAUGGUGGAUCUCAUCAGUUUACAACAUUUAUCAUACUGUAUGAUGUGGUGAGGUUGGCAAACUUAAAGUUACAGCCUUGUCCCGUUUUGAAAGCAGUCUUUAUCAUUAUGAUUAUUGUAGUACUCGCUGCACAUCUCUAAGCUUUGCAGAUUUCAAACACAUUAAUUGCAAUGUUUCGUGUGUAGGUUUAUAGCUAGUUUUAUACUAAGUAAUGACUAGAAAUUAAAGAUUUAACAAAAAUAUGUAUGAAGUGUUUUCUAGCAAGUAUUUUUUCUGGAAAGGAAAUCAGUUUCAAAGGAAUGUCUGCGAGUGAAAGCAGGAGUGUGUGUGGUAUAGCGCUGUAAAUCUGAGCAACAAAUUCUCAGUGGACCUCAGUUAAUGAAUCAUAUAUUACACCACUUGAAGCAGACUUGCCGAUGAAGGAAUAAGGCAAUAUAAAUAAAUACAUUAACACACAGUCUAGUUAAAAUAAUCACCAGAAAUCUUGUGUAAGUGUCAAUUUUUCUCUCAAGAAUGCAUCACAACAUUACUGCAUCUUUUGGAACUGAUGUGGUUACCAAAGUGAGAAUUUACUAUCCAGAGAGGCCAUACAUCCAAGGUGUUUCUUAGGUAAUGUGAUGUGUGUUGUAGAUUUAAAAAUUCUUAGUACCGUAUAUUAUAUAUGAGUGUUUUUCUGCCUGUAAAUUGAAACUUGAAUAACUUCAGAUCUUCUAAUUUUGUUCCUGUACUUUUUGUGUGUUCUUAAAACUGUACAAACAAGGCAAUAUUAUGAAUAACUUCUCCCAUAAUCAUUACUGAGAGAAGGGUAGGCUGCAUCUCGGCAACGCAGUCCACUAGUGUUGGGUGCAUAUGUCAGUUCGCUAGCAUUUGUUGCUUCUGUAUGGCAUUCAAGUUAUAAGAAAGUUGGUGUGGUUGAUGUAUUGAUUACAUGCCAGAACAUUAAUGGAUUGUUUGCUGAAAUGUUUUUUUUUAACUACUUGAAUGAUAUACGAUUUUAGUAUUUCAUGUUGGUAAAAUGUGAUGCUUGCAGCUCUGUGCCAGCUAGUGUGGAGUGGCUGUGAUUACCAAUUGAGGUUGAAGAAACUGUUGAAAUUGCAGCAAAAUAUACUCAUUCAUUCACCUGAGAUACACCAUUCUACAUACAGAUACAAAGUGUUAAUUGUAUGCCACAAGAAAUGUGCCUAUCCAGUCUGCUCCUUUUAAUGUAGAUUAUUUCUGUAGGAAUGUUACGCCGAUUUAUUUUUAUAAACAUUCAAAAAUGCUUUUAAUAACAUGAUUUUAGUUUUUGCUAACUAACAGUAAUAAAAGAUUUUUCUUGAAGUCAGAAGCACUGUACCUUAUAGAUAAAAAAACAUAUCUGACCGAAAUUGAUUGUAUUCAGUAGACCAAGAAUUGUUUUAUCCUUCAGAUAAGUGGUCAUGCUAAUGCCAUUUAGGUGACAGAAUACUGUAUGUCACUGUCUGACUGUUGAAGUGAUGUCAGUGUAUUAACUUGUGUGAAUACAGCACGCCCUUGCCAUUCAUGGCAGUCGUGUUGUUGAAACCUUUGCAAACAGUAAAACCGUGAUGCACGAAGUUAAGACCUUAUGGGAAAAUGGGGUUAGGAAAACCAAAGACACGUUAACCAUGAUACUAAAUUAUUGAUAAACCUGAAAACAUCAGUGUUGGUGUUUAUUGGGAUGAUGUCGGUGUUCCCGGCUGAAAGUUGUCAGGGUUACUGAACAAAGGACAGCAUUCAUUCUAAAAAUUGUAAAAAGUACAGUCAAAGUACACUCUGUGGCACAAUAUCUGGGUAGCUACUGAGAUAGGCUGGCAGAUAUGGGCUAUUUUGUGUUAUUCCAUGUGCCUGUGCAAGAACCGCAAAAGAGUGAGGGACUUAUGCCACAAUAAUUUUUCUGCAAAAAAGCAAGACUGUGAUGCACAAGCCUACAAACGAGGAGGGUCUGCUGAACUUGAUAUCAUUAACAGUCACUUGUUAAAUUGUUCAUAUUGUGUUUCAGUUCUCUAGCAUCAUCAUCAAGUGAACAAAUGUAUGUGGACGGUUUACAAGCAAGUAUUGAUGAUGUCAAGUAUUCACAUAAACACUAACCUCACUUCUGAAUCAUGCCAAUAUAAGUAUCAGUAUGUUAUUUUUAAUCUCAUUCUAUGCUUCUUAAGAUUUAACAAAGGAAACUACAUACAAACUUUGAGUGGGUCUCUUUCUUUCUGUAAAUGAUCUUCAGUUUUUUUAUGCUUUAUAUAGUGUUCUGAGUUUAUAAAAGAAGUAAGCUGACCAAUGAAUUUUAUAGAAAGAAUGAGUCUUUAGUGCUGCAACAUUCAUCAAAUUAUUCUUCCAUCAUGUGUUGUAACUUUGUUGCAUUAUAUUGAUUGCACUUGAAUUGAUGACAACUGGAUCAGUGGAAUACAAGUUGAUGUGUGGUGGCAUGGGCCAUCUGAAGGAGGUACUGUGACAAAAACCAUCCAGUCCAAUAGCAAACAAAUAAAAGAAAAGUGUUCCUUUGGUGUUGUAGUAAUCUCAACAUAUUCAAAGCCUUAUAAUGUAUUCAUAA